AUGGAUGAUUUCUCAAAUCGAUUAACUAAUGUAGAAAACGCUUUACAAGGUGUAAAAACUAAUCUAAAAGGUGUAAAAACUGGUUUCCAAGGUGUAAAAACUGAUUUAGAAGAUGUAAAAACUAAUUUACAAGGUCUUAAAGAUAAUGUAACAAAUUUAACAACUAAUGUUGAAGGUUUAACAAGUGCUAUGAAGGAUAUGGAAUCCUUGUUGAACACAGUAUAUGAUUUAUUAACAAACAACUCAGUGACGCAAGUCAAUGAAUGA